AGUGGAGCUCGACCUGCCGCGCCUCUUCCCCACAUGGCACGCGGAAAGGGAGCACGACGCGUCUCGACUUGAGUCCUGGUCCGUCCGACAGCGAAAGCUCAGCUCUUCACUUCCACCUUCCAAUUUGACCAUCACUCCACCUCCUGUCGAGCUCACGUCAUCGCGACGAUGGAGCCAAUGGUUCCUUUUAUCAAUUCAGCCUCCAUCACUCCAAUCACCCCUAGCGUCGAGUCCAAUGCUUUCUUCAAUGCAGGCGCGACCGGGGACAGCGCUAUGCCCGGCACGUCUACCACCGAUGCGACCUCGCCUUCGCACACGCCUGCGCCCAAGGACGCGAACGUGGAUGCUCAACAGGGGCUAGCAGGACAAACAGGAAGUAGCCUCGUCGAGACAUCAGCUUCAAAGGCUAGCGAGCGAGCAUCGCCGGCCGCGACACCAAGCGCCGCCUCACCGCCACCAGCGGCUCGACCUGUCGCACCUGGCUAUAUGCAGGGCUCAGCAGCCUCUCCCAACCAGAUGCCUCCUCCUAGCACCGCCUCUAGCUCCACAACCUCUACUAGUCGCAACGCAAGGUCACCCUCGGCUGCUGAGCAGAGGUACACCACCACCGGGCGCCCCGCGCGCCGAGCGGCCGUCGCGAACAGUAAUAUCUCGUACCAGCCGGAGUGCGACAAGAUGGGCAAUCCUCUCAACAAGAAGAGAAAAACAAAGGAUCACCACGGCGACACAGAAAGGAGCCACAGCACCAGCAGAAGCAAAAGUCGAGACAAGCGUGAUGGCAGCGAAGCUCGCGCAAGUGAGGAGCCGAAGAGCGCUCGAGCGGCAAGCAGCAGCAGCAAUCGCGGCACGCCAGGGCGUCCGUCAGUGGAGAGGGCCUCAUCUGCAGCUGGCUCCAGCACGUCAGCACUAGCACCCCUAGCACCAGCAGCAACGACGCGUAGUGGCCGAGCCGUACAGAAACCGCGCAACCCUCACCGAUCCAGUGACAGCCAUGCCAGAGCUAACGCGAGGGCAAGGGAAAGAGAGAGGCAGGCGCGUGCGUUGAGGGGGUCGGACUCGGAGUCGGACUCAGAUGAGGAGGACGCAGGUGAGAAUGAGACCGACGAGGAGCGAGAGGAUGAGGAUAAGGAGCGGUUGAGCAGCAAGAAGUCAGCCUCCGCAGAGGGCAGCAAAGCAGCACGCAAGCUCAAAGAAGAUGCGGCCGAAGAGUCAUCUUCCUCCAAAGAGAGCAUCAACCCUGUUGCUGAAGGCCAUAGCCGCGAAAAGGAGGACGGCGACGAGCUUGAUCUGCUUCAGAGCGGCAACCAGGUUGAGGACGACGGCGAUGAAGAAGACGCAGUCGUAGGGCCGCGUCGUCGCCAGACCUCAAAUCAGCCCAAGAAACAGAAGCGCUCAGCAGGGCCAUCGAGUAGCAUAUCCGUCGUUAUCCCACCUCUGCCGACUGCGCCCACCAGCUCGAAGAAGAAGCGCAAGUCGACGCAGACUGAGGAUGAAGGAGAAGAGGCGGAGACAAGGGAGCAAUCAAGCUCGAAGACGACCAAAGGUAAAGCGAAGAAAUCAGCACCGCGUAAAGGUCACGCCUCAGCGAAGAGCGAUGUGUCAGUCGAUGUUGAUGAGGAGGAGCUGGAAGCCAGUCGCGAGGACGAGGCUAUCCUCUCGAUGCACAGCGAGAAGGAGAAGGCUCGUGAGCCCUCUGAGACAUUCACGACGCCAACGCCUGAGCCGCCGAACAAGCAGACGAGCAAGAGCAAGAAGAGAAAGAGCGACGAGCAAAGCGCAAAGUCGCUCAGCCCGCAGAAGAGCAGCAGAGUCAGCGAGGCGAGCCCUGACAAGAGCACUAGGGCGGGCCCGCAAUCCCCGAAUGCGAACAAGGAGAAUGAGGCCUCAGGCCCCUUCGAGGACGAUGAGAGCGAAGAAUCCCGCAGUAGCAAGUCUCCUCGAAAGGAACAGAGUUCGGCAAUCACUCGCUCCAUCCCCGCUAUCGAGGCGAAACGCUCCGCCUCCGCGACAUCGACCUCCUCUACCAGCUCAUCAGACGAAGCACGCCGCAGCUUUGCGGGUAAAGCUCUCUCCUUCCUCCUGGGCUCAGCAACGCAUCGUCGUCCAGGGCUCGGUCGCAAGUCAUUUAUACCCCCUCUUCACCCCAAUCGCAAGCCUGCACCACCUCCUCGUCCUCCCCCGCCCAUGUCUCGUAAGGAGAAGGACGCGCUGCGUAAGGAGCAGGAGGGGCGCGAGGCGGACGUGACUGAUAGUGAUGAGGAUGACGAAGACAAGCCAAAGUACAAUCCGUUCGAGGAGGAGAUCGAGGGGUACUGAGGGUGUCAGGCCCCGCGAACGACGCACUGCACGACCUCACCUCCCGCCGCGCUGUGUUUCCCCUACUCUUGCUCUUCUCCACUACACCGCGUGUCACCUACCCCACCCCGUCAAUAGCUCGUCACCUCAGCUCAUCUCGCCUAGACGGUAAUGUCAUCACAAUCUCCCCUCCAUGAUUGCAGCGAGAAGCCCGCAUAGCAUCCGAGUUGGCAAUGCGGCCCGCCCAUUGACCCACUGCC